CAAAAACAAAUGAACAUCAUGCAGUUUCAUAGGUGUAGAUGACAUUUGAAAAAUGUAUUGUAUGUUAGGAGAUUUUAAGUAUCGCUUUCUCACGUUGUCAUCAUGAAUGAUCCAUUUGAAGAAGAUAUUUCUUGGGACUUUUUUGUGCAACAUUAUUAUUGGGUUUUGGUUCUUGUAGUAGUACUUAUAUUCAUUAUGGUUUGUAUACUGGUGUGGUAUAUAAGGCGAUGCAGGAGAGAGCCUAGGUAUGAAUAUACAGCACUGGCAGAUGAGUCAUUUUUGCAAGAUCGUUUGGAGAUGGAUCGAAAAUUACAGAGAGAUUCAGAUCGAAAUAUGUCAACUAUACGUUGCCAGUAUUAUUUACGAGGAUCUAAUCGUUAUGUUUUUCUUCAGCAUUUACCAGAUAUGGGUAGCAGGCUUGACAAAAACUGGUUUCUUGUACGAGAUAACACUACAAAAACAGAACGUUUGUUGACAAUGACUCCUGUUGCUGAAAACUGUCCAAUCAAAUAUAAUGCUGAAACCAGAGAAAUUUUAUUAGAUUUGUUUUUAGCUUUGCAACAUCCAUAUAUUUAUCCUGUGUUGGAUAUUGAUAGGAAAAUUGUCAUGGAGCAGGAAUAUGUUAUUGCUGUUUUACCUUUCAAUGAGGAAGGAACCUUAAAAGAUGUUAUAUAUCGCAGUCAUUGCCAAGAUGACUGGAAAGAAAAAUAUCAUUAUCAUGGCUAUGGUUCAGAAUCUGCUCAGAUUCAAAGAUUGGGUUGUCAGGUUUUAGAAGCUUUGUUAUUUUUAAAGGAUCAAAGAUUUCCACCAUUUUUACAUUUGCAUUCUGGAAAUAUAAUAGUUCAAAAUGGUGUAGCAAGGGUGUCAGGUCUAGAAAAUACUCUAUUUGGUUAUACACCUCGAUCACAUAUAGUAAUCCCUAAGCGGCUGCAUGACAAUAAAGACGCUGUUGAAGUUAUGUGCUUUGGUCACCUUUUAUUUGAAAUGGCCGCUGGUUAUGAACUUACUUCUUCACAUCCAUCUGAAAAAAAUUAUAAAGAUGUAGAAAAUAAACCAUUAGUCAGUGAUGUUUUAAAGUUUAUUUUUGAGCAGGGUCGUUAUCGUUUCCCCACUUUACAGCAAAUUGCAAGUCUUGACUUUUUCCGCCAUAUUGAUUUAAGGGAAUUGCGCUCCCUAAUGCCAGUGCCAUCAAUAAAAGCAAAACUGAGUUCAGCAGCUCGGGCUGUCUUGAAGGAAGUAAAAAGGCAUCAAAGAUCUAGAAGACGCAGUAAACGGCCCCAAUCAAUGCCUGCUUUAGAAACAGAAUCAUUACUUGACUAUAGAGAUAGCCCUAGUUCUGGGAAUAGCAGCAGAGCUUCAAAGAGAAAAAAGAAACAUUCUGCCACUUCCUCAGAAUCCAGCAAGACAGAACUGCAUGGUGAUACUCUCUUGAAAACUAUGCCAUUUUCUGAAAAUGAAGGCUCUGCUUUUCAUACUCAUCCAUCAACAUCUACUACUACUGAAUAUGUAACUCCUCCUACCUCACCCAAACAGGUUCCAAAACCUAUUAGUCAAGAAAAUACACUUCAUACUUUGUUAUUACAGGAAAUAGAAACUGGCUUUAAAUUGAAAAAAGUGUCCCAGCAGAGUGAUCCUGAGGUUUAGUGUUUGUUUUAAAAUUUUUUUGAAACUAGAACAAUUUGAAUUUUAUUAAUUUUAAUUGAAGAUUCAUUUUGAAAUGUUUGUUAAAAAUUUCUAAUGAAAAUCAGUCCUGCACAUAUUCAUUCAGUUCUCCCCCCUCCUUACCAAGACAGGAUUGAUUUUUUUUUUUCAUAUGCACAUUAUUAAAAAAAAUCUUUUAAGAUCA